AUGAGUGUUGGAAGCCAUCAUUGAUGAAGGAAACAUCUCUUCAUUUUGGACAAUUAACCAGCAUUUCCAGUGCAGUAGGCUGAUUCCUUCAACCAAAUUAGAUAGCCCACCAUUAAAGAUAAUCAAGACACGCGCUAGUGCGCCACGGCAAUAUACAGACAACGACGAUAAGGUUUCUCUCUUCAAUCCUCGCUAAGCUACAUUCUAUCCUUUAUAAGCUGUCAUGGCCAACGGAUGGCGUCCUUGAGCUCUUUUCUUUUCCAGCGGCCAUAAAAGCAGCAAAUCGGCGGAAUCCAUAAUUUAGAGGAAAAAAAAUGAGCAGAACCAUGAAGCUGGCUCUGUUGUUGUUUGGGUUUGUUUACUCUGUUUCUGGGUUUGUUCUCGAUGCCUCCAAGACUCAGGGACAAUCUGUGUUUUCCUACAUAGAAAACGAUAUCGUCACCGCACUCUCACCUUCCUCCUCCCAAGCUCUCAUGGUCAACCUCACCCUCAUUGAAGCUGCUGCGUCUAAAGGGGCCGUGUGUUUAGACGGAACACUGCCAGGUUAUCAUUUGGAUCCUGGAUUUGGAUCAGGUGCAAAUAGUUGGCUCAUUGAAUUGGAGGGUGGAGGAUGGUGUAAUAACAUCAGGACUUGCGUUUAUAGAAAAACUACUCGUCGUGGUUCCUCAAACUACAUGGAAAAGCAAAUACCAUUCACAGGAAUAUUGAGCAACAAAGCUGAAGAAAAUCCAGACUUUUUCAACUGGAACCGGGUCAAACUACGGUACUGUGAUGGGGCUUCCUUCAGUGGAGAUAGUCAGAACGAGGCUGCAAAGCUUCAAUUUCAAGGGCAAAAAAUAUGGCUUGCUGCUAUGGAGGAGUUAAUGUCCAAGGGAAUGCAGAAUGCCGACCAGGCUCUCCUCUCUGGAUGCUCUGCUGGUGGCCUGGCGACCAUGAUACAUUGUGAUGAGUUUAAGAAUCAGUUUCCAAACUCUUCAAAAGUAAAAUGCUUGAGCGAUGCAGGAUUUUUUCUUGAUGCAGCUGAUGUAUCUGGGUCGCGUACUAUGAGGAACAUGUUUGCAGGUGUUGUUCAGUUACAGGAAGUACAAAAGAAUUUGCCAGAAAGCUGUCUCAACCAACUUGAUCCAACUUCGUGCUUCUUUCCUCAGAAUUUGGUCAAUCACGUAGAGACUCCAUUAUUUCUACUUAAUGCAGCCUACGAUUCAUGGCAGGUUCAAGCGAGUUUAAUACCGGCUUCAGCUGACCCCUUGGGCUCUUGGAACGAUUGCAAAUCAAAUCAUGCAAAUUGUAACUCGUCUCAGAUUCAGUUCCUCCAAGGCUUCAGAACUCAAAUGCUAAAUGCCUUGCAAGAUUUCUCAACGGAAGCUCAGGCUGGAUUGUUCAUAAAUUCCUGCUUUUCUCAUUGCCAAUCUGAGAGGCAGGAAUUAUGGUUAUCAGAUAAAUCUCCUCUCCUUACGGGCAAGCCUAUUGCAAUUGCUGUUGGGGACUGGUAUUUCGAUAGGGAUGCUUUCAAGGCUAUUGACUGUGCUUAUCCCUGUGACAACACUUGCCAUAAUCUGGUUUUCAACUGAUUCAACCUUUUCAUGCUUUCAUCUUUCUGUCUCCCAUUCUUCUAUCUUUGUAACAUUCAUUAUUUCUUACUGGGAAGUCAUUCUUGCCUGAGGAUGCGAACUCAUUUAACUCCGAUAAGCCUAUUCAAUGAGAUCUUUUUAGUUUUAGAUCUUAUUAAUAAAUAUUGUUCACCCCAACAGCAACCAAGCA